UCUCUUCCCAUCAGCACCAUUAUCCUCUACCACAUGAUUACAUGGGGUCUGGCCGUGCUGCUGUGUGUGGAAGGAGUGGCCAUGCUCUACUAUCCAUCCAUCUCUGAUUGUGAGCAAGGCCUCCAGCAUGCUAUCCCUCACUAUGUCACCACAUACGCACCAAUGCUGCUGGUCCUCGUGGCCAAUCCUAUCUUCUUUAAUCUGACCAUAUCUGCAGUGACAUCUUUGCUAAAAGGACGACAAGGAAUCUACACAGAAAAUGAGAGACGGCUGGCCAAUGAGAUAAAGAUACGCUUCUUUAAAAUUAUGCUGGUGUUCUUCAUCUGCUGGGUUCCCAACAUCAUCAACGAGAGCCUCCUCUUCUACCUGGAGAUGCAGACAGACAUCAAGGACAAUGGCUUCAGGAACAUCAGAAACGCAGCCCUCAUCACAUGGUUUAUAAUGGGUAUCCUAAACCCUAUGCAAGCGUUCCUCAACACCCUGGCCUUUCACGGCUGGACAGGCUUUGAUGUUGACUUCAGACUGCAGCAGAGGAGGAAGCUGGCCUGGGACUCCGCUUCUACUUCAGUGCCGAACACAGCGGCGCUCGAUCCCACGGUGGGCACCACUCUGCUCUACCAGAGCCAUGUCCAGGAAGCAAAGAAGAACAUGAUGAGCAACGGACAGCACUCUGACGCCAUCAGCGUGCUCUCAGAAGGUUCAGAGUCUAGUACAGUUGAAUUCCACAUUUCCAGCGAGCUACGAGAGUAUGAGGAUGUAGACGCUGACGGAGAAUCCUUGGAGAACUCUGUGAGGCACUAGCUGAACAACCCGCCUCCCUCUGCUACUCCUGUGGGACAUUUUUCUUUAAGUUAGUUGUUUUAGGAUGUAUUCUCUUAGCCUAUUUUCUCCAGAUCUUAACUGGUCAUGAGAUUUCAUUAGUCGGUAAAACAGAAAAAGUCUAAUUCUUGAUUCUAAGCCUUUCAUUCCUUCCUAAGCUUUUUUCAAUCUGUUUGUACAGUGUAGUACUGUAACUGAAGCUGAACAGUACAAACACAAUAUGUCACUGUCUCUUUAGAAGCCAGUCAAUGGAACAAACACGACAUUUAAAUAUUACCAGCCAACAGGCUGACCUUUCAAAGUGCCUUCAGUAAAUAAUGAUCCCGUGUGAUUUACUACAUUAAUGUCAUUAACCUCUGAAAGCAUGACAGAAUGUAAUAAGCUAACUAGUGUCUGUUUUUUUAAAUAAUUACUGUAUU